GCAGCGCUGUUGGUCGGUGCGAAAUAUCUACGAUUUGAUCUCAGAUCGGCUUGAACCGCGUGUGCCGUGCUCUCUUGCACCCUCCUUCCCUUCAUUUUUAAAGACGAAAGAAACUCAGUCAUGUCUACUCUGGCGGUGAAGGACAGGACCACCGUCCGCCUGAUGUUCCUGGGCGCAGCCGGGGUGGGCAAGACCGCUCUGAUCCAGCGCUUCCUGGAGGACCGCUUCGAGCCCAAGCACAAGCGCACGGUGGAGGAGCUGCACAGCAUCGAGUACGACAUCGACGGGGCCAAAAUCCGCAUCGAGAUCAUGGACACGAGCGGGAGCUACUCGUUCCCGGCCAUGCGCAAACUCUGCAUCCGCAACAGCGAUGCUUUCGCCCUGGUCUACUCCAUAGACGACCCGGAGUCGUUCGACGAGGUGCAGCGUCUCCGAGAGGAGAUCUUGGAGCUCAAGCCAGGGGAGAAACGCACCCCCGUAGUGGUGGUGGCCAAUAAGCUGGACAUGGAGAACCAGCGCUUGGUGCUCAGCGAGGACAUGCAGCCCGUCGUGGAGCUGGACUGGAACGCCACCUUCGUGGAGGCGUCGGCCAAGAGCAGCGAGAACGUGCUGGGGGUCUUCCGGGAGCUGCUGCAGCAGGUGCACGUGCCGAGCCGCAUCAGCCCCGCGCUGCGCAGGCGCAGAGAGACGCUCCCCAAGGACGGCGGGGGAGCGCAGAAAAAGCCCCCGAUGAAGAAGCACAACAGCUGCGUCUUGUCCUAGUCGUCCGUCCCGCUCCCCGUAAUGCGAGCACGUUGCCUCGGAGCAACGCGUCCGAGGUGUGGGAGAGCGAGGAUGGGGGGCGGUGAGGACCCGGAGUCCCGGGUUCCCGUCGACGCAGCGGACUGCGAGCUCCGGAGCGGAGGGGCCAAGAGCCCCGACGCCGCACCGCAUGAGGACACGCCCCCUCCCCCGAUGAGCGAGGAACCGACGGGCCACUCGCAAUAGUGAAAAUGAGUGCCGUUCUCCAGGUUUAAGUCAAAAAAGUGGAAAGUGCAUAACUCCGAAAUUGAGAGAACGCAUCGUUUUGUAACAAAGAUAUUAUGUGGUGUCAUUACAGAGGGCUGUGAGCAAUGUGUCAUACGUGAGAUGAAGCAAACGCGCAAUGAAUAAAGGCAGCUGAU